ACAAUGUUUUCAAUGAGAAUGAAAAUAAUAUAACUUCUCCUGUAUUAUACAUGAUAAGUAGAAAUUUGUUUAGUUGUUCUAAUUUUUUUAAAACAAUGUUGGUUGUGUUUUCUAUCACAAUUUUAGCAAGUUUUGUUUUAUGCCAGAUUAUUGUUGAUGAAAGUGUUUUAGUUGAUGAGUGGUUGGACCAAAAUGAACUUGGAGAAUACAAACAACUCUUUAGAGAGCAUGGCAUCUCGACAUUAUCGGGAUGCGGGACACCGGACCAGUUGGAUCGUCUGCCGGAGCUCCCGGCGGCCGAGGAGAAGCGCCUCCGACGAGCCGCGCAAGUUCUGCAGCAGCGGCUGGUACUGCGACAGUGGCUCUCCACACAUAAGCUCCAACAUGUGUACACGAAGUUGCUCAGUCUCGACGUGACGUCACUGGAAGACGUCUACUGGCUGGAAGACACAACUGCUCGCCACGUCCUGGACCCUAAGGACUUUGGUUCGUGGUCGGCAGCAAGACACAGCUUGCCCACAGGGAAGGAGGCUCUGCAGACACUUAAGAUGGAGCUCUGGAGUACCGUGGUCAAGAACAGCAAGCACCAAGACGCCUGGACAUGGGGUGGAAUGCUGAUUGUUUCCGUUUCGGUGUGCGGGCUGGUGACCUUGGCCGCCAUGACGCAACCCUCGUUGGCUCCUGAAGCGAAGCACUCAUUGCUGCAGUACGUCACAGGAAAAUAUUUACAUCCACCUAGUUGCAGAGUGGAAUGGGGCUGGGAGGAACCACAAGUGGUGGGUGAAACGAUGUGCUUCACUGUCCUCUGCUACCAGCGCAACGGGCAACCCUAUCCCAUAUGCGACACCGAUGAACUGGCGGUCAGCAUUAGCCACGGAACUCGGAAGGUGCAAGCCGUGAUAGAGCUGGGCUGCGGGGACCCCGCGCAGGCCAACGUGGCGCGAGUUCAGUUCACGGUGAGGACGGCAGGAGUCUACCUCAUUUCCGUUACUAUCGGCGGGGCGGGCGUGUGCGACAGCCCGUACCGCAAGUGGUUCGUGGCGGGGCGCGUGGAGGCGCGGCGCUCGCGCGUGCGGCGCCCGCUCGCCGCGCUCGUGUGGACGGCUCGCUCCCCGCGCGCGCUGCACAUCCACCCGCGCGACCGCUACGACAACCCCGCGCCCGCGCCGCCGCAGCCGCACGCGGGUUUCUCCAUCAAAAUUAAUACUUUAACUGGAGAGUUAGAUGAGAAGCUGUCGUCCUCAGCAGUGUUCCAGUACGACUCGGUGAACCAGCGCGUCACGAUGACGCUGUGCUUCCCCAACGCCGGAGUCUACAAGGCCGCCAUUUAUUAUGAAGAUGUUCUGCUUCACAACGGACAGUUUGACUGCAUUGUGCUGACACCGAGCGACGCGGCCACCGUGCAGCGCAACCUGUCGUCCCGGCGGCACAACAUCACGUUCGAGGCGCGGCUGCUGUCCCCGGGCCGCCCGCGCCGCGUGCUGUGCUGCCUCAACCCGAAGCAGCUCAUCGUCAAGGACUACAUGUUCAAGUUCAUACCGAAGAGGAUCACGUCUUUUCGACUUUGCCCGUCUACUAAGCUGCUCAUGGAGCCGGCGGGGGGCGCGGCGGAGGGCGGCGGCGAGGUGUGCGUGGAGGACGGCGUGCAGGAGGCGGUGCGGCUGCAGUGCGCCCAGCGGGACCUGCUGGCCGCCUGCUUCACGCACCUGCUGCUGGACAACUGCGGAGGAGAGGACUCCUUUAAGGUAAAUGAAAUCAUCACAACAUUACUUUUACGGGUGGGCUCAGUACGUACAGAGCGAGGGCGGUGUGUGGUGCAGGUGUGGACUGGGGCGGCGUGCGGACGAGUGGGACGCGUGGCCCCCCGGUGGGGCGGGUGGGCUCAGUACGUACAGAGCGAGGGCGGUGUGUGGUGCAGGUGUGGACUGGGGCGGCGUGCGGACGAGUGGGACGCGUGGCCCCCCGGUGGGGCGGGUGGGCUCAGUACGUACAGAGCGAGGGCGGUGUGUGGUGCAGGUGUGGACUGGGGCGGCGUGCGGACGAGUGGGACGCGUGGCCCCCCGGUGGGGCGGGUGGGCUCAGUACGUACAGAGCGAGGGCGGUGUGUGGUGCAGGUGUGGACUGGGGCGGCGUGCGGACGAGUGGGACGCGUGGCCCCCCGGUGGGGCGGGUGGGCUCAGUACGUACAGAGCGAGGGCGGUGUGUGGUGCAGGUGUGGACUGGGGCGGCGUGCGGACGAGUGGGACGCGUGGCCCCCCGGUGGGGCGGGUGGGCUCAGUACGUACAGAGCGAGGGCGGUGUGUGGUGCAGGUGUGGACUGGGGCGGCGUGCGGACGAGUGGGACGCGUGGCCCCCCGGUGGGGCGGGUGGGCUCAGUACGUACAGAGCGAGGGCGGUGUGUGGUGCAGGUGUGGACUGGGGCGGCGUGCGGACGAGUGGGACGCGUGGCCCCCCGGUGGGGCGGGUGGGCUCAGUACGUACAGAGCGAGGGCGGUGUGUGGUGCAGGUGUGGACUGGGGCGGCGUGCGGACGAGUGGGACGCGUGGCCCCCCGGUGGGGCGGGUGGGCUCAGUACGUACAGAGCGAGGGCGGUGUGUGGUGCAGGUGUGGACUGGGGCGGCGUGCGGACGAGUGGGACGCGUGGCCCCCCGGUGGGGCGGGUGGGCUCAGUACGUACAGAGCGAGGGCGGUGUGUGGUGCAGGUGUGGACUGGGGCGGCGUGCGGACGAGUGGGACGCGUGGCCCCCCGGUGGGGCGGGUGGGCUCAGUACGUACAGAGCGAGGGCGGUGUGUGGUGCAGGUGUGGACUGGGGCGGCGUGCGGACGAGUGGGACGCGUGGCCCCCCGGUGGGGCGGGUGGGCUCAGUACGUACAGAGCGAGGGCGGUGUGUGGUGCAGGUGUGGACUGGGGCGGCGUGCGGACGAGUGGGACGCGUGGCCCCCCGGUGGGGCGGGUGGGCUCAGUACGUACAGAGCGAGGGCGGUGUGUGGUGCAGGUGUGGACUGGGGCGGCGUGCGGACGAGUGGGACGCGUGGCCCCCCGGUGGGGCGGGUGGGCUCAGUACGUACAGAGCGAGGGCGGUGUGUGGUGCAGGUGUGGACUGGGGCGGCGUGCGGACGAGUGGGUCGCGUGGCCCCCCGGUGGGGCGGGUGGGCUCAGUACGUACAGAGCGAGGGCGGUGUGUGGUGCAGGUGUGGACUGGGGCGGCGUGCGGCGCGAGUGGUUCACGCAGGUGUGCGCGCAGCUGUUCGACGCCCGACGCGCGCUGUUCGUGCCGUUCAGCGACGCGCCGGCCGCGCUGGUGCACCCCAACCCCGCUCGGCCGCCGCAUCUCAAGCUAAAGCACUUCGAGUUCGCUGGUAAGAUGGUCGGCAAGUGUCUGUACGAGAGCGCGCUGGGCGGCUCCUACCGGCAGCUGGUCCGCGCGCGCCUCACGCGCUCCUUCCGCGCGCAGCUCAUCGGUCUGCGCGUGCACUACAAGUACUUCGAACAAGAUGACCCGGAGCUAUACCUGUCCAAGAUAAAGUACAUCCUGGAGACGGACCUGGACGCGGCCGAGCCCGAGCUGGAGCUGUACUUCGUGGAGGAGGAGUACGACGGCGCCGGGCAGCUCGUCAACACGUGCGAGCUGGUCCCCGACGGAGCGCGCACACGGGUCCGCAACAGUACGAAGCUACAGUACCUGGACCUGGUGGCGCAGCGGCGGCUGGCGGCCCGCACGCGCGCAGAGACCGACGCCUUCCUGCGCGGCCUCACGCUGCUCGUGCCCGACAACCUGCUCGCCAUCUUCGACGAGAACGAACUCGAGCUGCUGGUGUGCGGCACGGGCGAGGCGUGCGCGGCGGACUGGCGGGCGCACGCGCUGGUGUGCGGCGCGGGGCGGGACUGGGAGCGGCUGGUGGGCUGGUUCUGGGCCGCGCUCAGCAACUUCAGCACCGAGGAGCGCGCCCGCCUGCUGCAGUUCACCACCGGCUGCUCGCAGCUGCCGCCCGGGGGCUUCCAGGAGCUGAACCCUCGCUUCCAGCUGUCCCCGGCGCCCACGAGCGGCGCGCUGCCCACGGCGCACACGUGCUUCAACCAGCUCUGUCUGCCGCACUACGACUCCUACGAGCAGCUGGUGCGUGCGCUGCUCUGGGCCAUCAACGAGGGCGGCGAGGGCUUCGGCAUGAUCUGAGCCGCCGGGCCCCUAGACAUGAUACAAUGAUCUCUAUAGCUUCAACGUUAAGGUCCAAUGUUCGUGAGCCGAUUGUUCUAGUCAUAAUCGUUACGAGUAAGAGCACAAAAGAAAUCGAUCGAACAUUAUGUGCGUUAUCUGUGCCGUGCAUGACGUGUCGACGUCAACUGUCAGUGUCAACUGUCACAGUUGACGUUGACGUAUAUGAAAGAUUUGAGUGUCUGGAAUUGAUCAUUAAUUUUAAGUUAGAUGUGCUUCUGUGAUUUCGAAGUUUAUUUAAGUCAACGGAGAUUUGUCAUAUAGCCCGGGCCGCCAGGAGCGCGCUGUCUGUCACACUCAAUACUAGUCGUUGCUCUUUCUUCUGUGAUCUUUACGAAAGUUUUAAAUAACUUUGAUCACACAUCCUUGUAUCGGCCACACUCGAAUGCGUUUAACCACUAUUUAGGUUAAUACUACAUCACUGGUGGUAGCAUCUCUCUCUUGUGAGUCCGCACGGGUAGUCACCACCACCCUGCCUAUUUCUGCCGUAAAGCAGUAACGCGUUUCGGUUUG